GCCUAGGAAAAUUAUAGUUUCAGAGCACCUUCAGUGCCAUAUUUGUUAGAAAUGUGCCUUCUUUGUCACCUAAAUGGUUUCUGAAAGAGUUGCAUGCGAAGAAUAUUUGACCUCUGUCUUCCAGAGUUACCUCAAAGCACAGAAAGAGUCCAAGAAGUCAAAUGUGAUUGUGACGAUGAUGUACCUGGGGCAGGGGCUUCCUGGCAGCACUCGGGAUGAGAUGAAAGUGCUUCAACAGAUCUGUGGAGGGGAGAACAUCUGUGUGUUUAAAGGAUUUGUCCAACCUGGAGAGCAGUUUCAGUUCACAUCCCAUAGACACCUGGGCUUCCCCUUCAGUGCUACUAUCUUUGUGAAUGGAAUCAUAGCAGCCAGGAUCAGUUCCUGCUGCGAGUACAGAUACGCCCCUGGCUUUCAGCAAGGCCGCAGGAGCUGCUUCAGACUGACCCGUCUAAAUGGAGGAAAACCCUGCUACAAGUGAGAUAUGAUGACAUGCAAGAUCAAGAAAAGAUUUAAAGCAGAGGUUUCUUCUCAAGACCAAAUUGGUUGCCACUGUAAACAUAUUCUUCUUUUUCAGAUGUGUGAAUUCAAGGCACGGUAUUGGCACCCCAGCGAUCGAUAGUCCAGCUCCAGCCUUGCAACAAGCCAUCAAUUCUAAUGAAGGUUGGUGUUAAUGCGACUGCUGUUAGACUUUCCCACUGGCAUUCUUCAAAUUAAUGAUCUACAAGAGCACAUUAUUUCCCGAAUGCCUCACGGUAAUCAUGCCUUCUGUGCAGGUGUUAUGGAGUCGUGCCCUUCUUCCCCUUUGUUCAUCCCUCUUGGAAUGGAAAGAUCGGUGCAGAAGACCAGAAAGCUCUCUAAAGAUGGAGGUGCUUUGUCAACAGACAGUGAAGACGUAAAUGGCAGUGCAAAAGAAAGAAAACGUCACAAACGCCAUCAAGGACCACUCAGCCAGCGAGGAGAGGGCAAAAGUUUAGAAGAAUCGCAAGCACAUAAAAAGGAAAACAAACCACCUUCCAACACCAAAGAACAACUGCAAACAUCAGCAAAAGAAAAUGCGCCAGACAAGGAGAAUUCAGUGAACGAAAAUAAAACUAAAGUGCCAGGUGAGUGCAAAUCUUUUCCAGCGAUGUGGUUCCCCACUCUUUAUUGUGCCUGUGAGCAGACAAGGCCGUUGGAUGGAGUCCCUUGCCAGCGCAAUGUAAAACUUUGAAGUGGUCUCACGAAAGCUUUGCUGUAAAUCACUAGGGUGUAUUUUAUUUUAUAGACAGCAAUAUCAGGACAGUUGCAUUUCUCAAGAUUCAUUGCAGGAAGGAAAAACCUUGACUAAGCGCGACGGCGAGAAAACGAUUGAUGCUUCGAAAUCGAAUGGAAAAAGCAGCAACAGGGGAAGACUGAGGGACUUCUAUGAAGAAUGUGUUGAAAUGAGCACUGGUCUGGAAUCAGGCCUAGACCAACAGAAGUGGUUCAAAGUAAACAAGUCUGAGAGGAACAAAAUCAAAGAGCAGAUCACUUCAGGACUCACUGCCAAUGGCUCAGCAUCAGAAGUGGAACUUAGUGAGGAAAGUGACAGCAGUUUUACAGAAGCAAGGAAACCUAAAAUGAAUAACAGCCAAGGUCCAGGGGAUGCCACAUCUGAGGAGCAAGACUUACAAAAACAGAUGGAUGCCAUGACAGAAGUGCUGAGCAAUUCUGAUGAAGUGGAUCAACUAAUACUGAGAAACACAGGUCUGACUGAUGAACUGCUCAAGAGUUUGGCAACGGCGCUCAAAAGAAGCCCAUCCGAAGUCACAGUGAUUAACCUUAAUCUGAACCAAAUCGGACCCCCUGGAGUCAAUGUUUUACUAGACCUUCUGCAGGCCAAACCACAGAUCAAAGAACUACUAUUGUUUGGAAACCAGCUUGGCGAUCUUGGAGUGCAGGCCCUGCUUAGUGGAUUGGCUGAACUUCAAGAUAAAACAGCAGCGCUGCGUGGAAACUCUGAACCGAUCCACUUCUCUCCAGUUAGCGUUGUGAUCAAAGAGUUAGACCUAGGUGGAAACGGCAUUGGCAGCGAUGGCCUAAGGGUGCUGGCCACUUUUAUGAGGUAUCAUUCCCACCUUCAAUAUCUGGGCCUGGCACAAACAUCAUGUUCAGACAUGGAGGCUUGGACAGUCUUGUUUGAAAGCCUGAAAGUGAACACUACGCUGACACACAUCAUCUUAGAUGAAAGCAACCUUGGGGACAAUGGUAUCAAGCUGUUUGCUGAGGCACUGAGAUCAAAUAAGACUCUGAGGAAGGUAGACUUGGAUAAUAAUGGUUUCGGCGAGGUUGGAGGACAUUAUCUCCUGGAGACUCUACGCUCUGGAGGGAAAUGUUCCCUUGAGAACCUCAGCCUGGGGGGGAACUACAUCAGCACCGCACUGAUGGCCAACAUACAGCAGGAGCUUGAAUCUAACAGACCAGCUGCUCUGUAAACUGAGAUGUAUCAUCAAUUAACUUGUGCUGUACAACUCAAACUUCUGGCAGGAUGUACAGUAAAUAAGUCUGACGUCUUCAGUGCAGGACAGAGGGAAAAACUUUGUGGCCAGCACAUGGGUGGCUUCCAAUAAUUCUAAAUGAAUUGCUUUAUUUCGGUGAUCCAUCUUUUUGGGAGUAUAACAGUGGAGGCAAAACUUUAGAGAAAUAUUUGCUAGGGCUCUUGACCAGAUCUUUACGCCACAAGCCAACAGAUUCUCCCACUCAUGUCUUUGAAGUUUGUGAAUUGUCCGUGCAUCUGGAGGGUGAGAUGUUCAUUUUUGAGAUAUUUGAGAAACACCAUUUUUUGGAUGAUAUGUAAAAUGAGCUGACCAGAAAUAUAGUUCUUGAUCAGAAUUUGCCUUAAUAAUCUCACUGAAAUGUGUUGCAGUGGACUGUAAGUCUGUUAUAUUUAUUAGGUUAAUAUCAUUAAAAAAAACUGCCUUUCCUGUUGCUUCUGGUUUAAAAGAU